CCUGGCUCCCUCGUUUUGCUCCCUCCUGCUUAUUCCGAUUGUUCCUUCGGCCGCCCAAUUAGUAUGGUUUCGCCGGAGAAAUUUGUUUCCACCGCCGUUGUGUUUGUUCUUCUGUUAUUUCUAUUCUCGGUCACAUCUUCAGCGAAAGAUCCCCAAAACUACUAUAAUUUCAGCAUCUUCAAUUCAUCCCAGCAACUAUUUAGUGAGUUAGGUGAUGCAUCCAUCAAUAAAGAAGCCCUUCAGUUAACACCCGACACUAGCAACGGGGCUUUCAACCUCUCAAACAAGUCCGGGCGCGUCAUGAUCCUUGAACCCUUCAAGCUCUGGGAAGAGUCUUCUGCCACAUCAUCUCCAUCACAGAAUAUGAGUAGCAAAAACUCGUCAGCCAACUUGGACAGUGUGGCCUCCUUCAAUUCUACCUUCCUCAUAAACAUCUACAAACUUCGCAACCAGUCCGUCGGCGAGGGCUUCGCUUUCCUUAUCGCCCCAGAUCUUAAUAUGCCGUCUGCCAGCUUCGGCCAGUGGUUGGGGCUCACGAAUGCGACCCUCGAUGGGAACUCAUCCAACAAGAUUGUCGCCAUUGAACUCGACACCUUGAAGCAAGACUUCGACCCAGAUGGUAACCACAUGGGCCUGAACAUCAACAGUGUCAAAUCGAACAAGACGGUGCCGCUCUCCGAAUUUGGGAUCGAGAUUGCACCAGACAAUCCGAAGAACUACUCUGUUUGGGUCCAAUACAAUGGGAAGGCGAAACUGAUGGAGGUUUACAUGGCCGACGAGGGUUUGCCAAAGCCUAGAAGCCCGAUUCUCAGUGAGAAGAUAAACCUCAAGGAUUAUGUGAACCAAUACUCUUACAUGGGGUUCUCUGCAUCGACGGGUACGCUUACGCAGCUGAACUGCGUGCUCAGGUGGGAGCUAUCGGUGGAGGCUCUGCCCAGAAAGAGGGAUCUGAAGUUGUGGAAGAUGGUGGUCGGGGUGGUGGGUUUGGCAUUGUUCGGGGUUGUGGUUGUGGGGAUGGUUUACUACUUGAACAAGAGGAGGGUUGUGAAAAACCCCAAAAUUCUGGGGGCGCUGAAGAGUUUACCUGGGAUGUCGAGGGAGUUUAGAUUUAGGGAUCUGAAGAAGGCCACCAAUAAUUUCAGCGAGAAGAUGAAGCUUGGGCAAGGUGGAUAUGGGGUGGUCUACAAGGGAGUGCUUCCACAGGAGAACAUUGAAGUCGCUGUGAAGAAGUUCUCCAGAGAUAACAAGAAAGGGAUCAAUGAUUUCCUGGAUGAGCUCACGAUCAUCAAUCGUCUCAGGCACAAACAUCUCGUCCGACUACUUGGUUGGUGUCAUAAGAAGGGCUUGCUUCUAUUGGUCUACGAUUAUAUGCCAAAUGGCAGUCUAGACAACCAUCUAUUCGGUGGGCCAGAGCGGAUACUGAGUUGGGAGCAUCGAUACAACAUCAUUGCGGGCGUGGCUUCGGCCUUGCACUACCUGCACGACGAAUUCGACCAAAGGGUGAUCCACAGGGACCUCAAGGCCAGCAAUAUCUUGCUCGACUCCAGCUUCAAUGCUCGUUUGGGAGAUUUCGGCCUAGCUCGAGCCCUUGACAACGAGAAGACUUCCUACGCUGAGGUGGAGGGCGUCCCAGGCACCAUGGGCUACGUGGCACCCGAGUGCUUCCACAUGGGCAAGGCCACCACCGAGUCAGACGUCUUUGGCUUUGGCGCCGUUGUCCUCGAGGUGGUAUGCGGUAAGCAUCCUUUGAACAGUAGUAAGAUCGCCGACUUCCAUUUCUUGGUCGAUUGGGUUUGGACUCUCUAUCGUGAGGGUCGCAUUCUCGAUGCCGUCGACGAGAGGCUUGUGGAUAACUACGACGCCCAGCAAGCCGAACGCCUAUUACUCCUCGGCCUUGCCUGCUCCCAUCCCAUUGCCGCCCAGAGACCCAAAACUCCGAUCAUCAUCCAGGUAAUCUCGGGAUCCGUGCCGCCACCCGACACGCCGUUCAUCAAACCUGCCUUCGUUUGGCCGGCUACGGGCUUCACCAUCGAUAUCGAAAGUUUGGUCACAGAUAAUGGCUACACCGCUUCUAUGGCCUCUUCUAAUGAUGGGUCCCAAGAGUCGCAGUGGACCCUACGCUGUGAGAGACGGGAGACGUAUGUCAGGUACAGUGAUAUUUCCUUGCCCUGAUCAUCCACUAUCGAUCAUAGAUUCUGAUCGGAUGAUCAUUGUAUAGUGGCAUACCAAUUACCAUCUUUUCUUUGUAGAGUCGUAACCGUGCAUGGUAGAUGAAUUGAAAUUAAAUAACCAAUUUGUUGCAUCCUUUCUCUUUAAAUUAGAAAUAAUUUAUUUGGAAAUAAA